AUGUCAAUUAUCACCAAUCCAUUAUAUCGUCCACUUUUUGAAGUUCUUAAAUCUGCCAGGAAUGGUAUUGUUUAUGGGGGUAAAUUAAGAUUUCUGCAUGCAUUAGUGAUAAACUUAUUAUAUCGAUCCGGUCCUAUAGUGCCUCGUUUAAAGUCAGUAUUGGAAGCCACCAAAGAUCAUGCACAAGUGUUAGCUGCAUUUGCCAUUAUAUACAAAGCAUGUGUGAUGAUAUUGAAACAGGAUGCAUUCUUGGGUGAUAAGAACCUUGGAUUAAUUAAAUUUAUUGCGGGGAGUUUUGGAUCAUGGAUUGUUUAUUCUCAACAUUUCAAUUUUUUCCAUGGUGGUAUAACUCAUCAAAUCACAUUGUAUUGUUUUAGUAGAGUGGUUUUAGCAUUGAGUAAAAUCCUUUUAGAUAAAUAUUUAAAUUGUUUCCAACCUGGAUUCAGAAAUUAUCAAGGUGAAUUGAUCCAUUAUAAAGAUUUAAACAACCAGCAACAAAAAAAAUUGAAAAAUAUUGUUUAUAAUAAACUGUGGAAAUAUUUUGCCGUAUUGACAUGGGGGUUAGUGAUGUUUAUAUAUGAUUAUCAACCACAGUACUUGCAAAGCUCUUUACGUCACAGUAUGGCUUACAUUUAUGAUGUUGAAAUGGAUACUUGGUCCAAUUGGCGAGAAUUCUUGGGGAUUUAG